AUGGGAAUAUCUAAACUUUGCUGCCAUAACUCUCGAACGCCAGUCUUCCAACGCUUUGCCUGUGGAGUUGGUCACGUGAUGAAUGACAUCACUCGUCAGCUUCUGUUUUCAUUUCGUUUGGUUAUAUUCAUGCAAGUGUUUGGUCUCUCUGCUGCCAAUGCCGGCUGGUUGAUGCUUUACGGACUUAUCAUUGUUGCGGUAUCUUCAGCAAUCUGCGCGUUCCUGAUUGACAACGUCAAAAUUCCGUAUUUGUCCAAGAGGCUUGGAAGAAGGAAGGCAUGGCAUUUGAUAGGCAUUGUGGUGGGUGCAAUUGUCACUCCAUUCUACUUCAGCUCCUGUUUCCUUUGUCAGAGCGAUCAAGGGCAAUGGCAACUGAUGAUAUAUAUCGCAGUUCUUAAUACAAUCUUGUCAUUUUCAUUCGGCUUGAUUGAGAUUAGCCAUCUUUCGAUUAUCCCUGCCAUUGCUAAAGAUCAAAGCGAAGCUGUUGAAUUAAACGCAUGGAGGUAUGGCAUAUUUUUUUUCAUUUAUCCUCUCAGUAACAUUAAAUUAAAAUUUCUUUUUUAUUAAGGUGGUUUUAAGUUAAGGUGAUUCCCUAGUAAAAGAACCUAACAUAGAUUGUAGAUGAAACUUGGUACACUGAUGUAACCAGUCAAGAAGAUGAUAAAAAGGUAAUAAAAAGUGGGGGUCACCGUGCUCGUUUUGACGUCACAAUGCUGACAAAUACGGCUAUUUUGGACCCUUUAACAAAAACCGCGCGCAGCCCAAAACUAGACAAAAAGGAAAGAUUUUUUCAAUUAUGCAUGUGGUAUUGCACAGAAUUUGACUUAAAUGUAUUGUUUAUCCACUUACGUACCAGAAAAAUGCCUUUUAAUGCCCUUGUUUUUACUUUACGCUCCAAAGUAGAAUUAAAUUGGACACGCGCUAUUCGACACGUGAUAGCUCAAUCCGUACAAUUUAGUAAAAUUGCCAAAAAACUGAACAUAGAUUUGUGCCAAUUUUUUUCUCACCUAAAGGAAGCACUGUCCUUAUUAAAAUAAUGAAAUAAAAAAUGGGGGUCACCGUACUCGUUUUUGCGGUAGAGCUGCAGAAAGUGCGCGCCAAUGCGUUUUCCUUGAUUUUUGAAAGAGGACUGGGGCGAGUUUCAAAUAGAAUGUAUGCGAAAGGGGGGAGAAAGUAUUAAAAAAUCCGUUUUUACAGAAUUUACAUCGAGAUAUCACAUUUAGGACACAAUGUGAUAAAGAAAGCGUUUAAAUGAAAAUCAAAGUGAAUAAGCACAAAUUAAACAUCCACUAUCGAGGUUCUCUGUGAGGAAGUCGAACUCAGCAACACGCUUACUGCUUACGUUAUGCACAUUCUCACCACAUUGAGUCUCACCUCGGCAAGAAACAACCGCCAGCAAACAUUGCAAUAGCGUUUCUCUUCGGUCAACUUUAUUUUAAUGAUGUUACUUCACAUGCUCUUUUUUACGGAGGCCAUCUUGUUAUGCGCAGUAAGAGAUGCGCAGUGCAAAACCAGGGAAUCACCUUAAGUUGUUCGUCGAUGUUUCAGGUGAACGGAGGAGACACCGGGACUGCGACCAAUGUAAUUGGCUCACCGUUGUUGUGGCACCCCUGCCUAUUAAGCAUUUGAUUAUUACUCAUUGUUCAGUAGCAGGCGAAGGUAAUAAAAUAAAAUGAAUAAACAUGUAAGUCUGAAAUUUUCUUAUCACAUUUUAUUCGUUUUCUUAAAGGACUGCUUUUUCCUUCUUGAGUGGCAUUGUGACCUUCAUCGUUGCAUGGUUGAUAAUAGGACAAGAUAGCAGCGACCAUAUAUCGGCAGAGAACUCGAUGGAUUUUACGGUAUAAAUACUUGGAAUAUUACUUAAACAAUAUAAAUAUAUAUUGCACGCACGAAAGCACGUUCUUUUAGCUUCUUUUCUCCUUAACAUUUCAGGUUUUGACUUUAAUUCUGGUUGGAAUAAGUCUACUAUUUGCUGUAAUCUUUCACGUUGGAACAAAAGAACCUUCUGAAGAAAGUGUUGGAGAAAUAUCCAAAAACGAACCGGUAAGAUUUGGUAAAUGUUUACCUAAUAACCCACCCUUAAUAUAAAUAUCCGGAACCAGUAAAUAUUAAAUAUUAAUUGUAACUCAGUAACAACUUAAAUCGGUACGGUUCGGAAGGUGCAUUAUAGAGAACGCAGAGAGUUCCAAACUGUCUAUGGCACUAGGACCAAGCUCGCUUUAGACCAUACGGAGAAGACAAACUAUGAAUUGAAUAAAUGACGUUAUAAUUGUUUAAUAAGAAUAUGAAACUAAGCUAGGAGGGUUAAAUCUAAACUUGCCUUUAGUGCGAUUAUUUUUAAUCUAAAGCUGUUUUCUCCUUUUCUCCUUUUAGAGAAAGAUAUCUUUUAUUCCAUCACACAUCCUGGUUAGCGCGAUGACGUUUCAAGGAAAAGGUAUGAUUAAUUAAUUCAACCGAAAUUUAUCAAGUGUAGCUUCACCAAUUUGGUUUGGACACUCCAAUCACGUUUGGCAUGAUGUAGGGAGUCGUAUCUCCAAACACGGCCAGACGUACCGAUUCGAAAGAAGGAUACUCACAAGCGGUUCAGUAAGGAAAUUUUUCUUGCAAAUGCCUAUUGAUAUGGCACAGCCCAGUUUUUUUUUCUUGGAAUAAAUUUCCAGGUUACGCGGCUGUUUGUUGCCUGUUGUCGGUUGCCAUCAAUAAUUUAUACGUUCAACAAAAACAGCGUUUUCACACGACGUCACGUCGCCAUAUUUAUAGUUACAAAACUAUAAAAUGUGAGCCAUGUUAGUGUAUCAAACCAGUCCUUUGACAGUUGAACCUUUUUCUUGCGUAAAAACUUUCUUUUGUUGCAAUAAAUUUGCAUAGUAACAGGUCAUGUGAGUGGAAACGCUUUAUACAGCUAUUUCGAGAAAGGCCGUCCAAAAAAUUGUGCUCGCGACAAUCCCGGAAGAUAAUAUGGGAUAUGAUCAAUACACUGUAGUUCCUAUACAGUAGCUGUCGAACUUUUUUUUUUUUUUUUUUGCUUUCCACAAUCACUCGCAAACAUACGUCCAUGGCCUCUCGUGCCAUUCUCUCAAAUUUCCUGGAGGAACUUGAGUGAACGCAAUCCCACCCACAAUGCCUUUCGGGACUGUGACCUGCACUUUUUUCGACAUCCUUUCUCGAAAUAGCUGUAUAUUGCAGUAAUUGUAACUGCAACAGCUUUAAGUUACAAGUGAAUUAAGUUUUUAACUAUUUCAUUUUUCUUCUGCUAAGAUGUGAAUCUUCAAAAACAAACAAUGCGUGACGCUUUCUUCGAUGGCAUGAAGACCAAGGCCGAAGGAAAUAAGACAGGCGACACUGAGAAACAACCUUCGAGAAAGCAGAGUUUUCCGAGGCGCUUUAUCCAAGCCCUAUUUUCUAAUGAAGAAAAUGACGAAAAUAUAGCUAGCGAACAAUCACCGGCAGACAACAAGAGCUUGAAUGAAUCAGCCUCCAAACGCUCAGGCGAGAUAGACGGGUGUUCUUCUUUUAAACCAAAAGAUCAGGGCGAGGAUGAAAUGUUAAAAGGCGUCAAAAGUUUGCCUAAUGAACGAAAAAUAAGUGUUCUUGUGAGUAUAGUUUAUGGAUUGAUAGGAGUUGACCCCGCUACUGAUGAACAGAUGAACGAAGAGUCAAAGAUGGAUACAAACUCUGCGUCACCGGGGAACAUUGUUGAUAAAGUAAACGGCAUUCAAGGAACCAACAUCGGAAAAGGAGCAACAGAUUUCAAAGCUAACUCUUCAGUUUCUAUCGAGCACCUUGGUGUUGACAAUAAAGGAUAUAAGUGUGAAACAGAAUUGGGUGUUCCUGCGUUACAAACCAACACGACCAAAACAGUUCCCCGAGUUACAUCUGGUGACCUCGAAUCUGCACGUCCAGCUUCGCCCACACCUAAGACAGUACGAGCCUGGCUCAAGGAUCCACAUAUAUAUAAGGUGAUUUAGGUUCUUGGUUUUUUUCUGGUUUUGCUUUUAUAUAUUGAGAUUUGUAAGUUUUUCUGCAUGGAAUUAGUUACCCGUCCAGUUCUGAUCGAAAAUUUUGUCUGUUUGUGGUUUUUUCACGUAGGUGGCUAUCAUCUUCACGUGCACAAUGUCUGUCAUAGGCCUGUCGUAUGCCUAUCUUCCAUUGUUUCUUAUCUACAGAGUACAGUUUGGAAAGGUAAGGGCCGGGGAUAAGGUAUAUAUAUACUCACAAAAAGUAGACACAUAGCUAGUGCCACCUUCGCUAAGUCAUUUUCAGGAGCAUGCAUCUAGUACAAGUUCUGUAUUGAUAUACCGCACCCGUAUUGGACACUAUAGACCAUAUAUGGAUGAUACCUUAAUACAAAAAUUAGACACAUAGCCAGUGCCACCUGCGCAAACUCAUUUUCAGGAGCAUGAAGCGUCUAGUACAAGUGCGGUUUUUAUAUACCGCACCCGUAUUGGACACUAUAGACCAUAUACCUUAAUUCAAAUAACUGGCCAGAUAUACUCAGAUAGUGGCACUUUGAAUUUUACUUUAAUUCUAUUAGUUUAAUCUGCUUUUGGUAAUACCUACAUGCAUUAGAGAUAGGUUGCUUUGAAAAGAUAUUCACCGUCUUGUGUUCCACUAAGACGUCGUCAGUAAGUUGGUGCUAGGUUUUUAAUAAUUUUUGCUCUACGCUUUGAACAGGAGGCCAUAGCGUAUUUGCCACUUAUAAUGUUGAUAAGUGCAGCAUUGUCUUCGGCACUGUCCAAGAAACUUGUAGCCAUAAUUGGAAGCAAGGUAAGAAUCAUUUUCUAGAUUUUUUGGAAAUUAUUGUCCUAUAAACGAAAAAGCGAAAAGCACUUUAAGCAAUAAAGAAAUACAUCUCUCUAUCUUGUUCUGUCUUGGGUUUACGUACAUUUCAAACUGAAGUGGUCCAGUUGUGCUUCAGAAAUGCUUGUUCGAAAAUUGCGGUUUCAUUGGAGGCGACCUCCGAGGGUUCCGUGUCGGUUUGCAUUAUGGGGCGUAUGGGUGCAGUGUAACUGCAUGCAAGGCCGGGUCCCAGGCGUCCUUUUAACUACACCAAAGCCCGCUGCAUUUCUAAAUUUUUUCAAAACCGUAAAUACCUUGUUUGAAAUUGAAAUUGAAAACGUAAUGUAAAAGACUACUCACAGUCCAACUUUUCUCUUAGAUCCGUUAGUCACAGCUAAAACGCCUUCGUUUCUCGCCCCUCGCAGCUUCGCAAUCUCACCACUCGAGCUUUAUGCUAACGCCGUAACUCAGUUGAAGAAAAUAAGAGACUCUUUGCAGACUAAAAAAACAUAUGUUUGUUUCUUUCUUUGUAUCUUUUGCACCUCUCAUAUGUAGAUAAGUAGCUUUAUUAGUUACGGGUCUUUAUUUACGCUAUGAAUCUAGCACAAUUAGUUUCUUGGCCUUUGAAAAAAACGCCAACAUUUUUUAGUAAGUUAACUUUAAUUACGUUAAUUUUAACACUGCGUGCUUUGUUUUUGUUGUUUUUUUUUCCAGUGGUGUUUUGUCCUUGGUGCCCUGUUCGUGAUUACAGCUGGUGUAUGGUUUUAUUUCAUCACCAAGUCCAACAGAGUAAUGACCUACCCAGCCACUGUGUUACUGGGGUUUGGCUUUUCCGCCAUGCUCGUGAAUGCACUAAGCUUUGCUGCGGAACUCAUUGGAGACAACAAAGUGAGUUCACUCAUUUAAAUGCUGCCGAAGAAAAGGACGACGAUUAAGAUUGAUUUUUUACAAUAACUACAAAGAAUUGCCAUGUAACACCAUAACCCUUUGAUUACAAAAAUACUUACAUUUUUUCUCCUUUUUUGUGGAAUACCAAUUCUUCUGAUCGGGUAUUUUCUUUCUGCUUUAUAGAGCACAUCUGGUGUCGUAUUUGCUUUUAUGAGUUUGAUGUCAUACGUAACUGGCGGAAUAUUGGUCAGUACAAUACAGAAUUUGUUUCCUGAAGGAAGGUAAUUGUGCACUUUGUAGUUUAAAAAUAAUUUUCAGCUUCCUCAAUCUAUGUGUCAGAGAAUGACAUCAAUCGUCAAUCAAAACAUAGCAAGCAUAACUACAAUGGUACUCAAAGGCCUCAGGAUCUAAUGGAUUUACCUGUGGGAAUUCAUAACUAUGGCUAGAACUUCGACACAGAUGGAGUUUAAUCAAAACUUGGCGCCGGCACAAAAAAUACUCAUUGUCCUUAACAUUUUAAAGUAUAAAUAGUGUGUUAAUAAAUCAUGUGAUAUUUCACGCGUGACUAUUUUUCUGAAAAUCAGUUCAAUAAUUGAGAAACUGGUGGCGAAAUCAAGAAAUAACACUGAUUUUCUUCACUUAUAUUAAAUAUUUCUAACACUUCACGUUUGGAAUGACUGUUCAUAUGCACUUUAAUAAAAAUUUUUGAGGGAAAAAAAAUCAUUUUAAAAGCCCAAAUUUAAUCUUGAAUUACUUGAAACUUUCAUUUUAGACUUCAUUCCAAACUUAGAAAGAAAAAAAAUAUGUUUUCCUCCUAUCAGAUUCCAAUUUACUUAUGCUAACAAAGUAAAUUCGCCACCAAUUAGCCAAUUUCCCUCAUGUUUAAUUUUUUUGGUCUCGUCACAUAUCACGUGACCAUAAUGUUAAGGCACAAGAAGACCUCGAGAUGAACUUUUGGGGAAAAAUGCAUCUUGUUCUUGGAAUCGUAGCGAGAAAAAUUGCCAGUUAAUCAUAUGCUCAAAACACCCUUUGGGCCUUGAGUUAUUAACUUCUUCCAAACAAGGUCUGUUCGGUAAACUUCCGAAGAUAUGCCAAACGACCGCAUGCUGAGAGUAGCGACCAGCCGAAGGUAGCAAAUCCCGACGCGAUUUCUCCUUCUUCUUUCCCCCCCGCCCUUUUACUCAGCCAUACAAUAGAGACCCUCCAAAACAAAUCAAGCGAAACGAAAAUAAAACCUAACGUCAGGUCAACUCGAAGGCAAUGUCCCACUUUUCAGCAAGCAAUGGCCGAAAAAGUAUAAGCCAUAAGAUGCCAAACCAAUAGGGUAAUGAUCUGUUGUAGAGUAUACUGUAAUGCACGAUGGGAUCAUAAUGCAGAUUAGCCUGUGAUAAUGCCCCCUGGGAGGCUCAAAGGGGAGGAAUAAGGGGGAAGGGUCUCGGAGACUUCACUCGCAUGCUGAAGCGGACUUGAUACGGUUUGUCAAAUUUUUAGUCUGACGUUCAGUCGUUCGAGGCCCGGGCCGUUUCGGUGAGUAAAAUACAGUCCUAUUUUUGGGUCUAAUUUGGCUCCCUUAAAUCAGGGCCAAUACAGUCCAAUUAGCUAGGGCUGAUUUGGUCCCAGGGCUGAAAUGGGCCCUACCGUGGGCUGGAAUAGCCUUUUGAUAGAGCUUUUUUGGCCUAAAUUGUGCUCAAAUGGCUCCAAGAAGGGCUGAAUCAGACUUUGGCCUGCAGGGCUGAAUUGACACUUUGGGGCUGAAACAGAUCUUUUUAAUUUACAGUGUAAAUCUUUUUAAUUUACAGUGUCGGUAAAAACGUCUCGGUAAAGAGUCCUUAAGUCAAAAAAUACCACACGGUUUUUUUGGCUGCAACACUGAUUGACCAUCCUUGGCUGAUUUAUAUUGAUCACUUUUUUCAGUUAUGAUGUUAUUAGGCUCUUGACCACGGAUAAGAAAACUUCAUGAAUAUACAGACAUUGAAAUAUUUCAGACUGCUUCGCUUUUUUAGUCCUCGCUAAGACCAAAAGAGCAUUUCCUCCACUACAACCAAACAAUUUUAUUCGCAGGAAAUCAGGGAUAAGAAAACGGCAAAAAUUUAACAUGCUUGAGAAACUGACUCUUCGCAAAACUGAGUUUAAUUUUUCUUUGCAGUAACGCUGAAAACUGCGACGAGUGUGGAGACUACGUACGUCACGUGUUUUCAUUCGUACCAGGCUCUCUCGCUGCCAUUAGCUUGUUGGUUGUUUUGCUGUUCCAUGCUUCA